UAAAACCAACUUUGUAAUAAAUAUUAUGUAUAAAAAAAGUAAUAAACUUGAACGACAACGUUGGAAACAUCCGAAUGAAGGCGAUGAGGAAAAUAUAAGUGAAAAUAGUUCAGUGCUUCAGACUGGUAAAGCAGUUAACAACUCAUAUAAAAAUAGUUCUUCCCAUACCCAAGGGCAGUUGCAAAGAAAUAGCAACUAUGACCUGGAUCGGGAACAGGCAGAAUAUAGUAAAAACCGAAACCAAAGUCCCGAGGGAGAUGCUCCCAUUUAUCCUUUUAAUUCGCCGGAGGAUACAAGGGAUCCCCAACCGGAAUGUAAUCCUGCAGAUCGUGGUCUAAAAUCACAUUCAAAUGGUUUAGGCAAUCCUUUGCCCUAUAUUAUCGCGGGUUAUAUUGUUGGAAUAUUAUUGGUUCUAUUCUGGUACUACAGAAAUCCCCAAAAGGCGUGCAUUGAUUUAAAUGAAAAAUGGGUUUUCGCUGUGUUGCUGUUUCUUUUACUGCUCAUAUUAAUUCAAAGACGUCCAGCUAGAUGCAUUGCGGCUCUAUGCUUUUCAAGCCUAGCUAGCUACCAAUUUCGAGCAGUGGUAAUUGCCUUAGCUUUCUUAAUGGCGUGUUCGGGACCUGUAAGAAAUAUAAUUCACAACAUUUGCAUUAUGGCGAACACUCUAUACUGCGGACAAAAUGUACUCAUUCGAGCUCUUAGGCUUAUGCAACGUAUUAUAAAUGAUCCAUCUCAUUCAGUGGAAGAAUCAUUUCAAGGAGUGUUGACGGAUAUCCGCAAGCUUAUGAAUAAAUUAGAUAAACUUUUAAUAAAACUGGAGAGACCCAUAGCUAAGAUACAUGCCACUUAUAAGAUCUGCGCAGAUUGGUUGGGCGUGCAGAGGGAUCACUUUGACUACAAGAUGGGUACUCCCUAUAAUCGCUGCAUGAAAGCAGGAAACUUAAGUAUUACACAGUGCAAAAAUGAAUUCGGAGUAAAAACAAAGGACUGCUGCAACAAGGAACGCUUUAAUUGGUUCUGUGAUAGUCUCAAGACUCUGAAAACCUUUUUCAAUGACAAUCUUCAAUGGUCUCAGGUGCUCAUUGAGGAAAUAUUUCAACGUUUGCAGUUAAGCUUUAUUAAAAUUCGAUUUAUUUUUAUAAGCACGAUUAGUUUUGAUCAUAAUUUGAAAUUAAACUCUACUAACUUACAAGUCACUCCCAAAGAUAAAUUAAACGAACAGGAUAUAACCAAACAAUUGGAGUCGCAAAGGCAUAAGUUCUUUUUCGUUUUUCUUUGUCUUGAUUUGAUAGUCUUUAUACUUUUGCUCGCUGUCAUACUCCAAUCGCUUUAUUUUUGGUUUCGAUAUCUGGCCGGUGGAAACUUUGAAAAUGUCUAUAUAACAAAGGAUUUCGAGAACUAUGAUGAGGAGUAUUAUCAAAAAUUGGGAGAAAGAGUCUUGCCCUUGAGCAGCUUCGAAGAUAAUCAAUAUGUGAAGAUAAGCUCAGUACGACUUCUGCCGAAAGAGUUCACUGUCAUGUAUCGCUCCUGGACUUUUUUGAUAAUCACAGGAAUCCAGCUUUUCUGUAUCUGCUUUGUGGACUAUAGUCUUUAUAGUAUGCUGUCUUUAAUGUCCUUUCAUGGCCAUAUGACUGCUGAUCUUCAACCUUCCGAACACGAAAAAGUUGUUAUCAAAGGUGGAGGUAAAAUUGGUGACAUUCUGCGAGAACUUAUUAACGCUUUUGAGCCGAAAGCCUUUAAAAUGAAAACUCAAAGUUGUCUGCCAAUUCCAGGGAAGCCAAAGUACCUUCGAUAUUUAUGGAUAUUUUUGCUAUAUUUGCUAGCCUGGCUUAUGGUGUUUUGGGAGCCAUAUGGUCGUCGUCUAAGACACCUCACUAUGGUAUACUUUUAUCCAAAGGAAUCAAGUCGAAGAGCUCGGGACUUGCACUAUUACAUACUAAAGGAAAGAGAAACUGUAUUUAAAACUAGAUGUCAGCAAGCCCGUUUAUUAAAUGCUUAUGUUUAUGACAAAGGAAUAUUAUCCAGCACUAGUUGGUUAAAUUCCCGUCAAAUAUGUGGUUGUCGAAGAUCUUUAGUUGGCAAAUGUUGCAUUAUUUGCAGUAAGCCGCUGACCAAAUGGGAUUAUGUUCCCUGUGAUUUGCCAACCUGCAGGGGAAUCUACUGUAAGAUGUGCUUUCAAGAGUGCAAUAAUUUAUGUAUUUUGUGCAGCUCCCGAUGCGAUAGUGAUAUAUUCCAAGGUAGUAUCUCUUCUGAAUGCGAAGCAGAUACCUGCAUCUCAGACAUAAACUUCCAAGAACGAGAUAAGAAUGCAUAGUGCUUAGAUUUGAAAAUGAUUCACCAGAGGAAAAUUAUAUUUAGAAAGGAUUUGUUCUAAAAGUAGAACAAUAAUAGUUGUCAGCCACAUUAUCAUGUCCCAUAUUGUCUAGUGGUUAGGAUA